AUGGCCUGCUUGUUGGUGUCAGUGUUCCUCCUGGUUCUCCAGACUUAUGCUGCCCCAUCAGAGUUUGUUCAGAGUCUGGAUCUGGGCCCUGGACUCACUUCCAAUGUCACUCUGUCUCCACCCCCGGGGACUAGCAAACAUGCCCCCCACAGCAUUAUCAUUGGGGUGCGCAAGGGGGGGACACGUGCCCUGCUGGAGAUGCUAGAUAUCCACCCUGAGGUCGCUGCCGCCGCCACAGAGGUGCACUUCUUCGACUGGGACGAGAACUACGCCAAGGGCUUUGACUGGUACCGUGAGCUGAUGCCCUAUUCCUACCCGCACCAGAUCACAGUGGAGAAGACGCCAGGCUAUUUCACCUCUUCCUUGGCGCCAGAACGCAUCCGUGCCAUGAACUCCUCCAUCAAGCUACUGCUGAUCCUGCGGGACCCGACUGAACGCGUAAUCUCAGACUACACCCAGGUCUACUUCAACCGCCUGGAGAACCACAAGCCAGUGCAGGCCAUUGAGAACCUGCUGGUGCGCAGCGGAGCUCUCAACACCCGCUACAAGGCCAUCCAGCGUAGCUUCUACGACGUGCACAUACGUAACUGGCUGCGCCACUUCCCACUGGAGCAGAUCCACAUCGUUGAUGGGGACACUUUGAUCCGGGACCCCCUUCCUGAGCUGAAGAAAGUGGAGCGUUUCCUCAAUCUGCCCCCCAGGAUAAUGUCGUCCAACUUUUACUUCAACCAGACCAAGGGGUUCUACUGCAUCCGGAGUGAGGGGCGAGAACGCUGCCUGCAUGAGUCCAAAGGGCGUCCCCACCCGGCCGUCAAUGGUACCGUGCUGCAGCAGCUACGCUCCUACCUCAGGGAGCACAACCGUAACUUCUACCGGCUGGUGAAGCGCUCCUUUGACUGGCAGUAA